AUGACUGUGGAAAGUACUAGUGAGUUUCCAUCAGCCUUUUCACAGAAGGAACACAACAUUAUCGCAGCAUACUUGAUCGCAGCAGGAGUCAUAAGUCUUCUCAGUAAUAUUGUUGUUUUAAGCAUCUUCGUUAAAUUUAAGGAACUUCGAACACCAAGCAAUACUAUUAUUAUUCACCUGGCUUUUACGGAUAUUGGAGUGAGUAGUAUUGGGUAUCCAAUGUCUGCGGCUUCAGAUCUGCAUGGAAGCUGGAAAUUUGGCUACCUGGGUUGCCAGAUUUAUGCUGCUUUAAAUAUCUUCUUUGGAAUGGCAAGCAUUGGUUUGCUUACUGUUGUUGCCAUAGAUCGUUAUUUGACCAUCUGCAAGCCUCAAAUAGGUAACAGACUAACUACUCACAACUAUGUUGCCCUAAUUUUUGCUGCCUGGACCAAUGCAGUCUUUUGGGCCUCUAUGCCUGUGAUAGGAUGGGCAAGCUAUGCUCCAGAUCCAACUGGAGCAACCUGUACCAUAAACUGGAGAGAAAAUGACACAUCCUUUGUUUCUUACACUAUGUCAGUAAUUGCUGUUAAUUUUGUCGUCCCCUUAUCCAUCAUGUUUUACUGUUACUACAAUAUCUCUCAAACUUUGAAGCGAUAUGCCAGGAACACUUAUCUAGAAAGCAUUGAAGUAGAUUGGUCAGAUCAAGUUGAUGUUACAAAGAUGUCUGUUGUUAUGAUUUUGAUGUUUCUGCUGGCUUGGUCUCCAUAUUCUGUUGUGUGUUUAUGGUCUGCAUUUGGAGACCCAAAGAAAAUUCCCCCUACCAUGGCAAUCAUAGCCCCACUAUUUGCAAAGUCAUCUACCUUUUAUAAUCCCUGUAUUUAUGUGAUCGCAAAUAAAAAGUUUCGAAGGGCCAUCCUUGCACUAAUCCAGUGUCAAGUUCGACAGGAGGUAACAAUCAACAUCUUGCCAAUGCAUUUAUCUCAAAGUACAAUUGCAUAAAGAUACAGCUUUAAAGCUUAUCCACUCGUCAUGCUUUUUGCCUUACAAAGAAAAUUAGAACUACUUCAUAUGUAACUAUUGAUGUAUA